AACCACAUAGUUGUAACAUUGUAGUUAGAAACAGACAAGAUUUAACCAAAGAAGCAACAUAAAUAAUAGACAAAUAUAGGAAAGGCAUUAAAAACACAUGUUGCUUAAAGUAACCGGCAAUGAUUAUGGCUGGUCAUUACAAUAUUCCAAAAAAAGGAAUCAAACCAGCUUUCAAAAACCAUUGAAACUCUCAAAAAACUUUGCUAAAUUUGUGUUCCCUUCAAUAAUUCUCUUCUUUCAGUUUUGGUGAUCUAUUUGUUGGGUUCUUCAAAAGAUGGAUGGUGUUACUGUUAAGUUUGAGCCAGAGCAGUUUACUGUUCUAGAAUCUUCUCCUAUUGCUGUUGAUGGUGCUAGUUCAAACAUGGUUGAAGGGUCAAUGAUGAAUUCCUCAGCAAACAAGUCAAUGCCAGCAUCUGGAAUGAAUCCAGUGAUUGCUAAUACAACUCAGCUUACCAUCUUCUAUAAUGGGAGUAUUUGUAUCUAUGAUGGAAUUCCCGCAGAAAAGGUGCAAGAAAUAAUGCGCAUUGCUGCUGCUGCUGCCAAGUCUAGUGAAACGAAGAAGAUAGUGAAACAAUCUCCCGCCCCUUCACCUGUUCCGACAAGGCCUUCUUCGCCACAUGGAACUGCUGAUAAUAUUGCUUCAUCACAGGCACUUCCCUUUCCGGCAAAGAGUUCUAUCUGCAGGAUGCAAGAAUUUCCAAUAGCACGCAGACAUUCACUUCAAAUGUUUCUUCAGAAGCGGCGAGACAGGUUGGGUAGUAAAGCUCCUUAUCCUUCCUCGCCAAAAACAAAGGUAGCUGACAACAUGGAGAACAACUUCGGUGCUGAUAAUUCGCCAGAUUCGGUUUCAAUGAAGGAACCAAAGGAGGAAUUUCAGCCAACUAUAUCUGCAUCUUGAGCAGAAUUCUAGUGUAUGGUUAUACUUUAUGUGUUCUUUCGGUAAGGGAGAUAACGUGCAUGCAUGUAGAACUACAGAAUCUAAUGUAACUGUUAUUAUUAUGUUCUGAAAACAUAUAACUACUGAAGUUGAAAUUGUAAGAAGUGUGUCUUCAAAGUUGUAUCUCUCUGGUCAUGUCUAGAAAGAAUGCUUUGUGCUUAGAUCACACAUUUUAAACUAUUUUUCUUGUAUUUGACUGUAGACAACUAAGUAUCCAAUGUGUUGAUGUUCGAUAAUAUACUUUUAUGACA